AUGGACAAGCUCAUAAGCUGUUGUUUUACAGUGACUGAGAAAAAUCCAUUGUCUGAUGCAACACAAUCUCCACUGAUCCUUUCCCUGCCAGCAUCUGAAAACUGGAAUGACUUCCUUUUUACACUGAGGAGCAAAGACUCUACAGAGCCCGUGACAACUCAACCGUGUCCUGCUAGUGCUGCUGCUGCUACCUCCAGCGUGACAACCAUCCUGCGAACUGGAGGCAACUGGUCCACAGGCUUGUUUGACAUCUGCAGCGACAAGGGAGUUUGUGUGUAUGGCUCAUUAUGCAGCCUGUGUCUGGAAUGUGGUCUUGCAAGCCGCUAUGGGGAGUGCUUCUGUUUCCCACUGCUGCUUGGUUCCACCAUGGCAUUAAGGGUCGGCACCAGAGGGAGACACAGAAUACGGGGAACCCUCUGCGAAGACUGGAUGGCAGUUCAUUGCUGCUGGCCCUUUGUAAUCUGUCAAAUGGCCCGAGAAAUGAAGAGGAGACCCACUUUCCAGGUCUACGAAAUACACCAAUCUCCCCCUCCCCCUCCAGCCAAAGAUGCCUUUAUUUAAAAACUUCCA